CACCCAUGGCCUGCAGGUUCUCCUCACCCUGUCAGCUGAGCAGCGACCAUGUUACAAAUAAAAAACCGUAUCAAAUACAGCGGGCCGGGGGUCGCCGCCGCCAGGCUGCUGUCCUCCGGUCCCCCCAAGAACCCGGUGGUGUUCCUGGACAUCGAGGCGGACGGUGAGCCUCUGGGAAGGAUCACUAUUGAGCUGAAUGCAGAUGUGGUGCCAAAGACUGCAGCAAACUUCAGGGCCCUGUGCACCGGUGAAGCUGGCUUUGGGUUCAAGGGCUCUGUGUUUCACAGGAUCAUACCUGAGUUCAUGUGUCAGGGGGGAGACUUCACCCACCACAACGGCACAGGAGGAAAGUCUAUAUACGGGAAGACAUUCAAUGAUGAAAACUUUAAAUUAAAACACACUGGUCCAGGAACACUCUCAAUGGCAAAUUCAGGUCCGAACACCAACGGCUCCCAGUUCUUCAUCUGUACGACGAAAACUGAAUGGCUUGAUGGUAAACACGUUGUGUUCGGUCAGGUGAAGGAAGGUAUGGACGUGGUCACCAAGAUGGAAUCCUUUGGUUUGCAUGACGGUGGUGUGAUUAAGAAAAUUGUCAUCACUGACUGUGGUGAGACUAAAUAACACUCAGGGUGACACAUGGACUUCUGUCGGAUGACUCGGCACGCAACACUUUGGUGUCUAUCUUUUAUCCUGAGUUAGUGACACUUUCAGGGAGGGACUGUCUCGGGUGAUUCUCUUCUUCCCUCUGAUAUUUCUACUGUUGAUAUGAUUUUCGAAGAGAUGUUGCUUUUCUAAAUCUGAACAUGAGCCAUCUCCUUUGUGUACAAGCACUAAGGUACCCACUAUGUAAAAUAUUCUUAUGGAGCAAUUACUUUCCAUUUACAGCCAAAUAAAAUGACUGUUUUCAGAUUUUACUA